AUGUCGUCGUCCGAAGAUGAGAGGAAGAAGAGGUCUGACUCCGAGUCGGAGGAGGAGAGCGAGGAGGUGGAAUCCGAAGAGGAGGAGACGAGCGAGGAGGAGUCGGAGGAGGAGACCAGCGAGGAGGAGUCCACGUCGAGCGACAAGACCUCGUCUUCUGCUUCUGCCAAGGCCACCCCGCGAUCGGCCACCACAACGCCGCGAGCCGAGGCCAAGAAGGAGCCCGAGAUCUACAACCCGCCCAAGACCAAGGCCAAGGAGGACAACGGCGACAAGAAGAACGGUAAGGCCGACAAGAAGAAGAAGAGCAAGAAGAGCAAGAAGAACGAUGAGCAGUCGGUUGUGGUGAUCGACGGCCGAACGGUCCUCAAGAAGACCUACGAGCUGGCCAAGGACAAGGUCAUCGAAUUCACCGUCUCCAUCGAGAACCGGAACUACAAGCCCGAGGAGAAGGUCGAGCUCAAGUUCGAGAUCAAGAACCAGACCUCGAAGACCAUGAAGUCAAUCAAGUGCGUCGUCGAGACCAAGGGCGCCAAGCCCGAGGGAGACAGCAAGGACAAGAAGAAGAAGCAAAAGAAGCCCAAGAAGGGCGAGGCCGAGCGGGGCGUCCCCACCGGUACCGAGGAUGAGUUCUACUGCGGUGCCCGGUUCCCUCUCGACAAGUACACCGACUUCAAGGGCACCGACAGCUACAGGCUCCCCAAGAAGAUCGACAAGUCCAGCGGCACUGUCAAGCACGAGCUGCAUCUGUCGUUCCCCAUCCGGUCGCGUCCCAUCAACAGCUGGAAGAACAUCGACGCCUGGCUGCCCAUCGAAAUCGGGAACUAA